AUGACUUUCUAUGAAAAGCUUAAUGUCGUCAUUCAUGUGGAUUGGAGCAUUGUCCAUGAUCAAGUAGUUGUCCUUAAAAAUAUCAGGAUGCUUGUCCAUUUCGUCCACGGUGUCGCUCAAACAGUUAAAUUUCAGGGCAGCUUGUUUUGCACUCAUGCCUCUUUCAAUACCAAUAGCAACACAUCUACCACAAACUCAAACAAUACCAGUGCUGACCUAUCAACUUUAACCGCAACUAUAACCACAACCACAACCACAACCACAACUAUAACCACAACCACAACCACAACCACAACCACAACCGCAACCACAACCACAACCACAACCACAACCACAACCACAACCACAACCACAACCACAACCACAACCACAACCACAACCACAACCACAACCACAACCACAACCACAACCACAACCACAACCACAACCGCAACCGCAACCACAACCACAACCGCAACCACAACCACAACCACAACCACAACCACAACCACAACCACAACCACAACCACAACCACAACCACAACCACAACCGCAACCACAACCACAACCGCAACCACAACCACAACCGCAACCAUAACCACAACCACAACCACAACCGCAACCACAACCACAACCACAACCACAACCACAACCACAACCGCAACCACAACCACAACCGCAACCACAACCACAACCGCAACCACAACCACAACCACAACCAACAGCGCUAACAACCUCGCAACUAUCAUAAACCCAAACAAUAAUUUCAAAAAGGAAGACUAA